GAUGUCGAGAGGCGCAGACAGGAAGUCAUAAGGUAUCGCUGGUUAUUGAUACAUUUCAGAUGCCACUAAAAAAGUAUUGAUGUUUGACGCCCAGGAAGAGAACGCAGUGUGAACCACAGAUUACAGAGCGGGAUUAGUUCACACCUAAUCUGCACACACACCAAACAUAACAUAAUCCUGCUUCCAUCGUGGGAAUAAUCACAGUUGAGGUGAUAUAAUCCACCUCUAAUCCAGCUGUAAUCCAAGAAUUAUCACUGACAUCAUCAUUGAUAAAAACCUUUUUUCACCGCCAGACCAGUGCAGGGGGAUCCUCGCCGACAGGGUGGAGCUGUGAUUAAUCAUGGAUUCAUGUUUAUGUUGCUAUAAACUCGUGACUGCCAACAGUGCAUCAACCAGCCGUGUGUUUAGCUACGUCACUAAACCUACAGCACCACCCGCUACUGAAUUUCUCUGCUACUUUCUGGCUUUUGCAGGAGCUUUUAGCUUUAUUUUAUUACCUUUGAACUGGCUGGCUGUUUGUUAGGCCAACCGCUUCCCGCCUGCAGGUCUGCACCAAACACAGUUAAGUUUACAGAGUAAAAACAAAGCGGGUUUGUUGAUUGUCUUCUGGAUUUUACUCCUCCGUGUGGCUCCUCAAAACCACGAAGUGAUGCGGUUCGGGUGAAAGUGUCAGCGAGUCUUGGCGUUCAUGUAUUUCUGUGUGUGACAGAGAGGAGGGAUUACCUCUUUGUGCCCUCUGGACCUUUGCAUUCCUCCUCUCUACAUGCAACUACAGCUUCCAGCCCUGCCACCCCAACACAUGACAAAAAUGCCCUGCUCAGUGGUUUCCUUUCAUGGUAAAAUGCUUACAGGCAAGCCAGAGGGGCCGGCGGUGUUUCCAGGCUAUGCGAUGACCCGGUGGCUUUGGCGCGGGCCAACUGUGAUGACGAGAGGCUUUCUAUUGUGCUGUGAGCCUCUACGUUUGGCCUUUGCCAGAGUAUAAAAGCUUGGGUCGAGGGUUGAGGGGACCAGCACGAGCCAGCCUCCCUCACACGGCACUGCAAGCUAAACUAACGCAGACUCUCCUGAAGCCCCUCACCAUGUCUCAGACUGCCAAGUCCGCCUCCAGCCAGGGCACCGAUGCCAAGGACAAGGGAGCCCCAGCCCCAGCUGCCUCCAGCAAGGCCACCAAGACCGGCGAGCCUGGCAUGGGAUCCUACAGAAUCAUGCUGUUCGACCAGGAGAACUUCCAGGGCAGGAUGAUCGAGGUCCAGAAUGAGUGUAUGAACGUGUGUGACCGUGGCAUGGACAGAGUGCGUAGUAUCAUUGUGGAGUGCGGCCCCUUUGUUGCCUUUGAGCAGACUAACUUCCGUGGGGAGAUGUUCAUCCUGGAGAAGGGAGAGUAUCCUCGCUGGGAUACCUGGAGCAACUCCUACCGCAGCGACUGCCUCAUGUCCCUCAGGCCCAUCCGCAUGGACAGCAUGGAGCACAAGAUCUGCCUGUACGAGCUCUCUGACUUCAAGGGCAACAAGAUGGAGAUCCAGGAGGACGAUGUGCCCACCCUGUGGGCGCAUGGCUUCUGUGACAGAGUGGGCAGCGUGAGGGUGCCAGGAGGAGCGUGGGUGGGUUACCAGUACCCUGGAUACAGAGGCUACCAGUACCUGUUUGAGUGCGGUGACUACAGACACUACAACGACUUCUGCGCCUUCCAGCCCCAGAUCCAGUCCAUGCGUCGUAUCAGGGACAUGCAGUUCCACCAGAGAGGAUGCUUCACCUUCACCUCCGCCAGCAAGUGA